AUGGUGAUGACAACACUUACAAUUCAGGACGUUUUAUCUUUCGGAUGUUAUAAAUCAAGUAGCAAAAAAGUGGAUAGAGAUGCUGUUUUACCGUUUAUUAUAUUACCACUUUUAUUAUUAGUAGCUACCUUAUCCCGAACUAUCACAAUAAUAGUUAUGAUAUUUAUUGGUAUGGGAGCUUUAUAUGUUCACUCAAGACCUCGUCAGAAAAACAGGUCACCAUUUUUUUUCUCCUGGACUUUGUCUUCAGGAGUUUGGAUGUUUCUUAUAUUUGAGAUUGCAGUACUAAGGUUGCUAGAAAUAACUCAAUUGGAGAACUUUGCUUUCCUCUUACUGUUAAUAUGCACAUGUUAUUUCUUUUAUAAAAUGAAAGCAAUUGCUGAUUUUGAACUGGCUACAGGUUCAUCUAAGGGAAAAGAAUACAGCCCAGUAUUAACAUCUGAUUCACAAUACUGUCAGAUAUGUCAAAUUGAAGUAAAUGAUAGAUUUUUCCACUCAAUAUGGUGGAACUGUUGUGUACUAAGGCAAAAUUAUUUAUACUUCUUAACGGGACAAAUUUUAGCUUUUGCAACAAUUCUGUUUGUAACCAAUCUGGGUCUUACAACAGUUUGCCAACCAUUCUUACUUUAUGGUGUUAUUUUGUUGCCUGAGAAUUGCGAAGACGUCUACUUUGAAUUCCAGCUUGCCAUAUCAUUCGUAUCUUGUGCCUAUGGAUUAGGAUACUUAUGUAUCAUUACACUAGUAUUGAUACGACAGAUAUUAGUAUUUAUUCCAAAAUUUAUUGCACCACGGUGGAGAAAAUUAGUGAAUGUUGAUGUGUGA